CAGCGACGUUGCCUCCGUAGCGGGCGCAGUAAACAACUCUUGAUCCCGCCCACUUCACCGCCGAAGAUUUUUCGAGAAUUUACUUUCGGCGUCCCGGCGUUUGUGCCGGCAUUUCAGUAAGAUGGCUAGCGAAGUUCAAAAAGCGCAGCUGGCAACUGAAACAGACGAUACCAUCUUUGGCAAAAUUGUAAGAGGUGAAAUACCUACUGAGUUUAUCUACGAAGAUGACAAGUGUGUAGCUUUCCACGACAUCAACCCGCAGGCUCCUGUGCACUUUUUGGUGAUCCCAAAGAAGGCAAUUCCGCAGCUUUCCAAAGCGAAGGAAGACGAUAAAGAUAUUCUAGGCCACAUCUUGUACGUGGCACAGCACGUGGCCAAGGAGCAAAAACUGGACAAGGGUUUCCGUAUUGUGAUCAACGACGGUCCUCAGGGUUGCCAGUCGGUCUAUCAUGUCCACAUUCACGUUCUUGGUGGACGUCAGCUCGGCUGGCCUCCAGGCUAACUAACAUCAGUUACCAGCAUAAAACCAUGCGUAAUUUUCAGCCUACUUAUGUUUCCUUUGUGUGUUCAACUACUUUACUAUAACUUGUGGUGGAAGUCUACAUCUGUGUUCAAGGUUUUGGUUGUCAAGAUUGAAUAUCAAUAAACUAAUCGACUGUUUG